CGUAGAAGCUGUAAACUUCAUAUAACACUCAUUGAUCUGUGUUAGCAAGGUACUGCACCCUUUUUAGGACGAAUAUACCGUAACCAGAGACCGUAACUAUGACUACAGAUAUUUUCAGUAGUUGUGGUCAUUGAAGUGCGCAUAGUUUUUUUUCUUCUCUGCCAUGAAAACUCUCAGUACCGGAACUCGUAAUUACCUAAAACGUAUUCAGUAAGCGGAACUUAUUAGCCAAAGAAGGAACAAGCGCUACAUAAAUCACUCAUUGGCUGCAUGAAAUCAAUGUGCGGCUGAUUGAUUCAUCCGCUCAACUGACACUUUAUUUGUUUGCAAGAAAAUUGUGGCCGGCAUAUAGGGUUGUACAUUUCCAGCUAGUUAGCUAGAUGUCAUCCAUAAAUUCUAACACCAGUUCAUCAAAGGCUGGACGGUCUCUGGCCAGUUACUGCUCAGACAAUGGCCUGGCAUCUAGGAGCACCUUUAAAACUUCACUUGUGGAUACCGAGAACGAUUCUGACCUCAAGCCUUUCCUCAAAGGUAACACCAAAGUGGAGAGGCUUCAGAGAGAGAAUGCUAAGCUGAAAGAAGAGCUCGAGGACCUGCGGAUCCAGUAUCAGCAGCUGUUGGAUGAGGGGAAAGAGGAGGUGUUUGAUGAGAGGAGAGUCAAUCUCCUGAAGGCUCAAGUGAUGCAGCUGGAGAGACAGGUUAUUCUCUUGUCUGAAGGAUUGAGUUCCCAGACGAGUCGCUGUCUGGAGGUGGAAAAUGCCCUUGAACCCCUUACCGAGAGACUGAGGUCUUUGCUGAGUGUGGACAGCCCAUCCGCAGAAGUCCCCAUUGCGCGAGCUGAGCUCACCCAGCUCAUUGAGAUGUGUGCUGACGUCAGGCGAAAACUGCACAGGAAUAAUAAGGUGAAGACUGUGGAGAACCUCUCCAUGCCUUGGAUAAUGUCCAAGAGGAACCUGGUCAAGCAGCCAGUCACCCUGGUGGAUCUUUGCUAUGGGAAGACAAAUAACUUAAACCUUCAGCAAGUGAGCGCCCUGGAGUCCCGGCUGAGCCAGCUGUUUAAACACCUGCACGGGAUGAGGCAGACCCUGGGCUUCCUCCUGGCCCCGGGGCCCCACCCCUCCGACCAGGCCCGGAGGCUGCUCCCCUCCUCGGUCCACGCCCGGCUGGUGAACCAGGCCGCGCGGUGCAGCGGCGAUCUGGACCGGUGCUGCUCCGACCUCCUGACCCUGUCUCUGAUCGUGCCCUCCGCACCCUGGGCCGACAGCGAGCAGCGGGUGACCCAGGAGCUGAGCGCCGAGGACGUGCUCUCGCUCCUGCCCCCCUUCCCCCGCGGGGCCCCCCAGCAGCGGGCCCGGAGGGCGGCCGAGGCCCUGGUCCGAGCCGCAAAUUACCCCCUCCUGAUGGCCCUGCAGCAGGUGGAGGCGCUGCAGGCGGAGCUGGACUUCCACCGCGGCCUGUACGCCCUGCAGGUGCAGCACGCGGAGGGCCUCGUCGGGGCCGUGCGGCAGGCCUACCGGGCCUUCCAGGAGAACGUGGGGCGGACCCUCUGCCUUCCGCUGCAAGACGUUCUCUCGUGUUACGACGGCUUGAAGAGCAGUGCUUCUGAGGCCGCCCUCCGCCAGUUCCUGACGGCCUUUAAGAACAACUCGCAGCAGAUCCAAGAGGCGGUGGAGGCUCUCGACCCUUCAAACAACCAGGGAGACGAGGCGCUCUCCAGGUACGGGAAAGAUUUCUUCCGCUCGGUGGACGAGCUGCAGGAGCGGAGCGCGGAGCAGAGGGACAGGUCCGCCGGCGAGCUGCGGUCGCUCGAGUCCGAGCACCAGGAGGCGCGGGAGCACCUGCGGGCGCUGAGGAGGGAGCGCGGGGGGAGGAAGGGCGAGCCCGAGGGGGCCGAGAGGGGGGGUGCGUGCAGCCCGGGCAGGCGGGGGGGCCGCGAGGGGACCCCGGAACCGGCACCGGCACCGACACCGACACCCGCCGCGCCACCACGCCCGAAGCCGAGCGCGCCCGGGAAAGCACCGUCGCCCGCCUCCCCGUCCGCCACCUCCGACGCGGGCCCGUCCCAGCAGCCCCGGGUCACUCAGAGGCCGGCCAAUCAGAGGCCGGGAAAGAGCCCCCCGGGGAGUAAGAGCAGGACGAUUCCUCCCAGGCCGCAGUGGCAGAGCUAG